GAGGGCGGGCAGGCGAUUCAUCAUGGGAGGCUUUUUCUCAAGUAUUUUUUCCAGUCUCUUUGGAACCCGGGAAAUGAGGAUUUUAAUUUUGGGAUUAGAUGGAGCAGGAAAAACCACAAUUUUGUACAGAUUACAGGUUGGAGAAGUUGUUACUACUAUUCCGACCAUUGGAUUUAAUGUUGAGACAGUAACAUACAAAAACCUCAAAUUUCAAGUCUGGGAUUUAGGAGGACAGACAAGUAUCAGGCCAUACUGGCGAUGUUAUUAUUCAAACACAGAUGCAGUGAUUUAUGUAGUAGACAGUUGUGACCGAGACCGAAUUGGCAUUUCCAAAUCCGAGUUAGUUGCCAUGUUGGAGGAAGAAGAGCUGAGAAAAGCCAUUUUAGUGGUGUUUGCAAAUAAGCAGGACAUGGAGCAGGCCAUGACUCCCUCAGAGAUGGCGAACUCACUGGGCUUACCUGCCUUGAAGGACCGAAAGUGGCAAAUAUUCAAAACGUCAGCUACCAAAGGCACUGGCCUUGAUGAGGCAAUGGAAUGGUUAGUUGAGACAUUAAAGAGCAGACAGUAAUUGGGCUGCUUCUGCAACUCUGAAACAAAAGUUACAUCACGAAUCCCUUUGGAAACCAUCAAGUGUGGGUCACACUACUCGAGGUUAAAUCCACAUGAUGACUGGCAUAUACAGGACUGACUACAGUGUUUGUAAUAAAUACGGAAAAUGAGUAUUUGGUUGGUGGGGUAAUUCAUCUUGAUUGAACCAACUGAAUGUCUCUCCUUUGUAAUAUAAAACCUUGUUUCUUUCCUUUCUUGUGUUAAGACAUAUAUUCUGUUUGUAUGGAACUCUUGAUUUAAAUAUAGUCCUAUUGAAGAAU